AUCUAGAGCACUAAGGUUCACGAGUCAAACAUUGUAUCGGAAACAGAGGAUUUAUUAUGAUACUACCUAGUCCCUAAUUAUUAUCUACCCCGAACGUAUCGCACCGCUGCGGGACAAGCCCGCGCCCGCCGCGCUUCCCCAGGCGGACAAGAAGGGAACGCCCGUCAAGAGAGCGAAGUGGCACCUGGGCAUCCGUUCUCAGAGCAAGCCCAACGACAUCAUGCUGGAGGUGUUCCGCGCCAUGAAGGCGCUCGACUACGAGUGGAAGGUCAUCAACCCCUACCACGUGAGGGUGCGAACACUAAACAAAAUGACGGACAAGUUCGUGAAGAUGUCGUUGCAGCUGUACCAGGUGGACUACAAGUCCUACUUGCUGGACUUCAAGUCGCUGUCCGGCGAGCGCGAGGACAGCGACGACGAGCCCGCCUCGCCCAUGGCGCCGCCGCCGCCCGCCACGCCCACCACGCCGCAAGGUCACCACACUAUGGAGUUCUUCGAGAUGUGCGCAGCGCUCAUCAUCCAGCUCGCUCGGUAACUCGCCGCACCUCGCUCGUACGGACGGAACAUGCCUUGAGACUUACGUAUUCUAAACACCGAAGAAAAUGACGUGAAUUCAAACCAAAGGAAAUGGAGUCAUAAAAUGACAAUCACGCGUCAAUCUUGGCGUCAAACGCUUGACAGUGACGCGCUUAUCAGACUGCUUAAGCUUUUAGUCGCUUACUUUUACCGUUUUUUUAUAUUAUGAAUCAUUCACGUCCCGUGUUUUGACCAGAUAAUAAUAUAAAUGAAAACAUUAAUUGUGCAAUAAUAAAAAAAAAACUCAUCAAAGUCCAAGGCAUGACCUAGUGUUCCCUAAAUCUCCACUAAUAAAAAAAUCAGCUAACAUCAUUUCAGUAUCCUAUUAAAACUUUGAAGUAUUAGCUUUACUUAGGUCCCCAUGUUACGAUAUACUUCAUACAAAUAGACUGAGGCGAAGUUCAAAGUAAUUUUAAAGAGUAUCGACCUUCCUGUAGGGGUGUAUAUUUUAUUUCGAUUACGAAUUCGUUUCGACAAAGUGCUUGCUACACGGGUCCACAAAAGACAACCAAGCACUCGUGUGGUGCAUCGAGUAAAACCAGAGACAAAUACAGAUAAAAUAUCACAAACCAUAAAGAAGUGGGCGUGGCUUCUCACUCACACAAGAGUUGUCUUUGCCCACGGCCACAGACCCGUGUGGUCAGCCCUUAACAUGGGAAAGUUAAUUUCAUUAUGAAAAGUAACAUUUUCAGCUAAUUAUUAUAACUUUUAUUUUAAUUUUGCGUCUUUAACUUACGUUUUUAAAUGUUGUGAAUUGGUUAAUACUUCGGUACUUAUUAAUUUAUUUAAAAAGGGGGAUGUAUCAGUAUUUAGUUACACCUUACUUCCAAUUGCAUGCAUAUUGUGAUAAACAAGUAUAUUGUUAUGUUGUAUGUUUAUUUACCAAAGAUUUAUCAGCAAAAAAGUGCCUUUGUAUAAUUGCACGAAUAAUUUUAUGGUUCGUACGGAAACUGGAAAGAGAAUGUAACAAUAAGAAGAAAUCAGUGAAUAGCAUACUAAAUAACGGGAUGAAUAUGAAACUUAAUACUUUCAUACAAUAAUUUAGCAGCUACACUCAGAACACAAUAUUUGCUAUCGCGUGUUUUAAAAUUAUUGAGUUGAAGAACCGUCACAUUAUUAAACUUUUGCGCAACUAGCAAGAAAGUGUUCCGUAGCAGUGAUAUUUUUGUAGAAGUAAUAGAUAUUUAUACGAAUUACAUAUUGUUUUAGUAUGCUAUUCAUUGUUUCCUGGAUAGAUAUACAAGAGUUGUUUUUAUAGCAAUAGAAAAGGGUUAUGGGUGUCACGCAAUAAGUAUUGAAUAAAAGGAAGUUACGGGAUAUUGUACAUUUCGUAGUCUAGUUGUAUAGUUCGUCGAUUUGAAAUUAUUUAUUAUUGAACAAAUGAUAAACAUGUUGUACAGCUUAGUGUGUGUAUAGUGCAAUUCCAAAAUUUAGCUUCCAUUAAUUAAUGAAUCAUUAAACAUGUCAAAAAAUAUUGUCUUUUAUUUCCGGUAUUAAAUCUAAAAUCAAAUAAAAGUCGGAAAUGUAACAGAAUACUGUAAUUUAUUACAGAUCUAAUCAUUAAAAUUAAAAAUGACUAAGUAAUUUGUUGGUACAUAACAAGUGGAUAUUUAGUUCUAUCUAGUUUCACAUCAGUAUCUAGUGUAAUAAAUAAAACUUACAUUGCAAUUAUUUCAAUAUCGAGGUCUCCUAAAAAUUGG